CAGUGCUGCUGGAGUGAGACGACGCCUGCGCAGUGAGGCUGCGGGGCGGGCGCUGUCUUCGGAGCCACCCACCAGGCCGUCGGCGCGAUGGCGGAGGAGGUGAACAGUCUGAUGAAGGCCACUGUCCUGAUGCGGCAGCCCGGGCGGGUGCAGGAAAUCGUGAGCGCCCUUCGCAGGGGCGGAGGAGAUCGCCUCCAGGUGAUUUCUGAUUUUGACAUGACCUUGAGCAGAUUUGCUUACAAUGGACAGCGAUGCCCCUCUUCCCACAAUAUUCUGGAUAACAGCAAAAUCAUCAGUGAGGAUUGUCGCAAAGAGCUCACAGCACUCUUUCACCACUAUUAUCCCAUUGAGAUCGACCCGCACCGGACCAUCAAAGAGAAGUUGCCUCAUAUGGUACAGUGGUGGACCAAAGCCCACAAUCUCUUGUGCCAGCAGAGGAUACAGAAAUUCCAGAUAGCGCAGGUGGUUGGAGAGUCCACCGCGAUGCUCAGGGAGGGGUAUAAGACGUUCUUCGACACACUCUACCGUAACAACAUUCCUCUUUUCAUCUUUUCGGCGGGCAUUGGCGAUGUCCUGGAAGAAAUUAUCCGACAGAUGAAAGUGUUCCACCCCAACAUCCACAUUGUGUCUAACUACAUGGAUUUCAGUGAGGAUGGUUUUCUACAAGGCUUCAAGGGCCAGCUCAUCCACACCUACAACAAGAACAGCUCCGUGUGUGAGAACUCAGGUUACUUCCAGCAACUUCAGGACAAAACCAACAUCCUCCUGCUUGGUGACUCCAUGGGGGACCUCACUAUGGCUGAUGGGGUCCCUGGGGUGCAGAACAUUCUCAAGAUUGGCUUCCUAAAUGACAAGGUGGAGGAGCGGCGGGAGCGUUACAUGGAUUCCUACGACAUUGUGCUGGAGAAGGACGAGACGCUGGACGUGGUCAAUGGGCUGCUGCAACACAUCCUGCACCAGGGGGACUGCAUGGAGCUCCAGGGCUCCUAAACUGCAGGCUCUGAGGAGGAG